GGGAGCCCUGCCUCUCCAGUCGGCUCCCUCACGCCGCAGCCAAGAAGCACGGAGCAGCCAGGCAGCCCUAAACUUUCCCGGAGCCGCCGGGUGGUUAGCCCCCUCCUCCCCAAGAAGAAGACCCCGCGGAAUCCCUGAGACUCUGAGGCGCCUGCUGCGUGGGAGCUGGCAGUACCCUGCUGCACCAGGGAGUGAGCCAUAGCUGGAGGUUGCUAUUUUGCCAAUGACUCUCCAGCAUCUUAGAAGAUAAGAUGUGUGAAGGGAACAAGACCAUCAUGGCCAACCACCAACUGAUGCCCCUAGUGGUAGUCCUGAGCACCAUCUCCUUGGUCACAGUGGGGCUCAACCUGCUGGUCCUGUGUGCUGUGCGGAGCGAGCGGAAGCUACACACUGUGGGGAACCUGUACAUCAUUAGCCUCUCAGUGGCGGACCUGAUUGUAGGAGCUGUUGUCAUGCCAAUGAACAUCAUCUACCUCUUCAGGUCCACGUGGUCUCUGGGCCAGCCUCUCUGCCUCUUUUGGCUUUCCAUGGACUAUGUGGCCAGCACAGCGUCCAUUUUCAGCGUCUUCAUCUUGUGCAUUGAUCGCUACCGCUCUGUCCAGCAGCCCCUCAGAUACCUGAGGUAUCGCACCAAGACCCGAGCAUUGGCCACUAUCUUGGGAGCCUGGUUUCUCUCCUUCCUCUGGAUUAUUCCCAUUCUGGGCUGGCCUUACUCAGGGCCCCAGAAAGACAAAUGUGAGACAGGCUUCUAUGAUGUCACCUGGUUCAAGGUCAUGACUGCUAUCAUUAACUUCUACCUGCCUACCUUGCUCAUGCUCUGGUUCUAUGCCAAAAUCUACAAGGCUGUACAGCAGCACUGUAAGCACCGGGAGCUCAUGAAUGGAUCCCUCCCUUCCUUCUCUGAAAUUAAGCACAAGCCAGAGAACCCCAAGAUAGCGGCCAUGAAACCAAAGAAGAAGUCUCCCUGGGAGGUUCUGAAAAGGAAACAGAAAGUUGCUGGUGGUGUCCCUGUCUUGAAGUCCCAAGAUCUAAACGAGAAGAAAUCCUCAAGUGUCUGCAGCCAAGAGGAGGAUGAACAAGUGGACAAACGUCACUGCUUCCCGCUUAAUAUUGUGCAAACACAGACAGAGGAAGAGGGGAGUGGCAGGGACUACACGGCCAUCAACCAGAGCCAGAGCCAGCUUGAGAUAGAUGAGCAGAGCCUGACCAUGCAUGGGGCCUGUGAGGUGUCAGAGGACCAGACCCUAGGUGAUAGCCAGUCCUUCUCUCUAGCAGACUCAGACGUCCCUACAGAAUCAGCAUCCGGGAAAGGCAAACCAUCAAGUGAGUCCAGCACACGCCUGGAUUAUAUCAAGUUCACUUGGAAGAGGCUCCGCUCUCAUUCAAGGCAGUAUAUGUCUGGGUUGCAACUGAACCGAGAACGGAAGGCUGCCAAACAAUUGGGUUUUAUCAUGGCGGCCUUCAUCCUUUGCUGGAUUCCUUACUUCAUCUUCUUCAUGGUCAUUGCCUUCUGCAAGAGCUGUUGCAACGAACAUGUGCACAUGUUCACCAUCUGGCUGGGCUACAUCAACUCUACACUGAACCCCCUCAUCUACCCUUUGUGCAAUGAGAACUUCAAGAAGACAUUCAAGAAAAUCCUGCACAUUCGCUCCUAAGGGAGGCUAGAAGGGGAUGCAGCAAAGUGACACUUAGGAUGACUCUGAGGAAAAUGGAGGGCGAAGGCCUGCGAGUUGCCAGGUACCUGGGCUUUCUGGAGUCAAACGAAUGGUCUCAAGGGCCGGGUCAUCUGGAAAGUUCUUAGGCACCAUCGGAAGAACUGCAGAUGGCAGUGGUCAGCAGAGAAUGUAACUUUGAGUACAAAGCAGAGUAUUUCCAAGAGCAUGGAAUCUGGACGAGUACGCCUGUUCCUCAGAGAAAUGUGGGAGCCUCAGACUCUCCUUGUAAUUCAAGCUUCCAGGCUUGAGUUAAUUGGUCGUUGAAGGGACUCGUGGGUAGAGUUCCACUGGAGAGUUGAACUCUGGAGCCUUCCUGGAAUGGAUCUAUAUUGACUGUGCACACACAUGCAGAUAGAUACUGUCCCUUUCCGGGGGUCACCUUGAGAGGGGCAUAACAGGUAUUGCACUGUGACUGCCACUUCUCAGAAUACCUUUCUUCUGAGCCUCUUUUACAGCUUUUUCCAGAACUAAUGUCUGAACUGCCCUAGAAAUUCUGCCUUAUUAUUUCUCAUUCACACAUGUCUCAGAAUUGAUAGGAAAUUAGGCAGCUCGCACACUCAUCAUUUUCAACCCCAAAUUCCUUUUAGCAAUUUUUUAAAAAGAUGAUAAAAGCUGCCUACAAAAGAAAGAAAAAAAUAAAAUAUUAAUGGUUUCACAUUAAAAUUUUUUAAAAAUGGAAUAAGAGAAGAAAGCCGUAUUUCUUGAGUGUUAUGCCAGGUUUAUCUAACUAAAUCCCCAUCACACCCCACAACAGGAGGGUGGUGUAAUGAGCGAAGCAAAGUGAGAUGCAGUUUGGUGAAAUAAGUUGCCCAAGAUCACAGAACUAGUUAUUUGAGAGAGCUAGAAUGAAACCCUGUGGGGUUUCAGCUCAUCAUAAACAUUUUCUCCCUAAAGCAAAACUUUCUCUCUCCCUCUCUCUCUCUCUCUCUCUCUCUCUCUCUCUCUCUCACACACACACACACACACACACACACACACACACACACAGAGUUCCUGAGAGUGGUAGCAAUUCUCAGCAAUUCUCAAAAGAAUAUGCUGUGAGCAGGAACAGCCAACAUAGAAUGUGUCUGUGGCCACUGUAGGUGAUACUUUGAAGGGACAGUGUGCUAUUUGUGAGGUCUGCUGUGUUUGCCCCAAAGUGGUCAUGUUUUUUAGUCAUGUCUCUCAAGUAAAAACUAGCAAAGGCAUGGUAACAUACAGUUUUACUUGAUGUUUAUGUUGCAAUCUGGUGGUGACUUAUGUUCUUAAAUGUGAUGCUAAAUUGUAAUCUGUGUAGCAAAUGGAGUGCCUGUACAAGCUGGCAUUUUGUGUCUUGUAUUCUUGUUUGCAUGAUCUGUUAAAAUGAGAGGUGUUGUUGUUGUUGUUUUUUACUUACUUAAAAUAUGAUAUUUAAAACUAUACUGUUACAAGUUUGACUUAUUUAAUUCCACCAUUCUGAGUCUCUCAGAGGGAGAAGAUGUAUUGAAACAACUGCCUAAGAUUACAAGAGCUCAUAUAGGGGUUCUCUUUGGUUUCUGAUCACAUUGCAAAAGUCUUUAGAAAAGGAUUUGCUUUUCAAAACUAGCUUCACUCUCACUCUGCUUUGAAUCCCCAUAAGUUAUUCUUGCUCAAAACUGUGGGAGCCAAGGAGAUUUUUAUCCUGGUGUUAGAAGCUGCAGCUGGUCUAUUUCCAGGCUUCUCAGAAGAUCUGUGAACCCUUCACUGGGAUCCCUUAGGACCAAGGACCACCUAAAGAGACCACUCCAUACAGGCAAAUGACUAAAUGCCCAUUAUUCAUGUUGAUAAACAGUUAAGGCAACUAGUGAAGCAAAAUAUUACGAGCUCUGACUUUGGGUCAAAAGGACCUGGAUUUGAGUUUGACAAGAACUAGAAAUGAUCAGUAUAAAUUGUCAGAGCAUAAGGAACAAGGUCCAUGCAUUAUUGUAUACAGUUGUUGUUUUUAUAACGCUUGCAAUGUGGCUGGUACACAGAGGGUACCCGUAUGUAGUUUUCAAAUAUACUGAGAAUAUAC